GAGGCCAAGUGGGGGGCGCUGCUGCGGACGCUGGAUGCCAGCACCAUGCGCGGGUCGCGCAAGAUCAAGCAGCUGGUCCAGGCGGGUCUGCCGAUGCGGCUCCGCAGCCAGAUCUACUAUCUGCUCUCGGGUGCGCCGCGGCUCGAGAAGCCGCACCACUACGCAGCGCUGCUGGCCAUGGGCGACUUGCCCAUCUACGAUGUCAUUGAGCGCGAUGUCCCGCGGUGCUAUCCCGACCACGUGAUGUUUGCCGACGCCGACGGUGCUGGCCAGCGCCAGCUGCGGCGCAUCCUGCGGGCAUAUGCACACCACAACGCCAAGGUCGGAUACUGCCAGGGCAUGGGCCGUCUGGUGGGGCUGUUCCUGAUAGUGGGCAUGUCUGAGGAGCGGGCCUUCUGGGCGCUGGCUGCGACCAUCAGCAACUACAUCCCCAGGUACUACGAGCCGGAUCUAGGCGGGCUGCGCAUCCACACGGCUGUCUUCGAGUCGCUGCUGCGUGAGCGCUGCCCGCAGCUGUACGAGCACCUGGCUGCGCAGGGCUGCGAUGCGCUGAUGUAUGCCACGCCGUGGUUCAUGACCAUCUUCACGCUGUCGCUGCCGUGGCAGUCGGCGCUGCGCGUGUGGGACUGGUUCCUGUAUCGUGGCCCGAAGGCGCUGUUCCGCAUUGCCCUGGCCAUCAUGGAUCUCGCCAGCGACUAUCUGCUGGACGCCUGCCCGACAAUCACCGAGCAGCUGGGCUUCCUGCUGCACAUCCCGCCGUCGCUGGUUGACGCCGACGCGCUGAUCAGCGCUGCCAUCAACGUCAAGGUCUCCGAGCGCCAUAUCGAGCGCCUGACCCGGUCUGCA